AUGUCGCGCUCUGCGCGUACCAAGCUGUGGCUACUGCUGCUCAUGCGGCAGCAGCCGUCGACUGCCUCGGAGGUGAAUGCUUCGGAGGCAGCGCAGUUGAUGGGGCAGCCGUCAAACACCUCGGAGGUGAACGAGUACUAUGAGCCGGAGGUAGCGCAGUCGACCUCCCCCGAGGUGCGGAUGUUGACACUGGGGCUGUCGAUGCUGCCCGUCAAUGAUCUUUACACGUUUGAUCCGUCAAUGGGCACAAAGCCGUACGAUUCAUUCUCGUUGCUGCCGGAGGGUGGACAGCAGAAUCUGCCGUUUGGUGGCUUCGUGGUGGACGUGCUUCGUGAGGUGAUGAUCUUCGAUCCUGGCAUCUCGUUCGACAUCCUGGCCUACAACGACUCGUACAUCUACGAAUUCGACCUCUUUGCAAAGCAAUGGAUCGAUCUUGGCGUCAUCACUGGCUCUGCCUACUUGACGCCCUCGCUGGCAACACCCUACGUGUCAACGUCGAACGUUCUUAAUCUCAGCCAUCCAUCCUUGGGAGAUGAUCUCAGGGUGCUUUCAGCCCCAUUUAUUCAUACUCAUCUCACGGGGAUGGUCAAGCGCACCAAAGCGGGCGGGGGGGCGCUGCCGUUCAUGGACCCGUUGGAAAACGGCGUGUGGAUUGCGUGGUUCAUGUGCGCUAUAGUGUGGGGCGUGACGGUCUUCGCAGUCGACGCCAUCGAGAGAGGCACGUCGCCUCGCGAGCUCGUAAAGCGCUGCAUGGCAGAGGGUACCACGUUUGUGUACCACGGGCUGGUCAACUUCUUCGACGGCGAGACUUAUGAGGGCUACACGACGGCACCGAUGAAGGUGCUGCGGUUCGGCACCAUCUUUGUCGUACUCGUGCUCACCUCGACUUACACCGCCAAUCUGGCGGCUUUUUUCACAAGGCCGUCGUUCAAACUUCACGGGCCCGAGGACAUGUCCGCGCUCGAGGAGUCUGUCGCGUGUGUGCAGGAUGACGUGAUGCAGCAGACGGUGCAGCCCUACGCUCGGCGGGUGUCCAGCGGGGACGCCGACAUCUUUGUCGCGGAUUUCCGCUUCAGCAACGAAUGGUACGCAUGGCGCGUGAGUCACGCGCUCGACCGUCUUGUGGCCUCGAAAAAAUACGUGCGUGCCGCCGCUCGAACCGUCGCCCUUCGCAUCACCGCACUUGUAACCUGUAAUGUCGUGGUCUCGCAGGCUUCGCUUCGCAAGCGCUUGUUCUACUCCGGCGAGAAAUGCAACAACGACGAGGGCAGUGAGGACACCACACCAAUCUCGUGGGACAGGAUCUCAAGCCUCUUCUACAUAUUUUUUUGCUUUUGUGGCGCCGCUCUGGUCGGAGCGUGUGUGCAACGACUACUGCGGCAGCGGCUGGCGGCGAAAAGUGAAGCGCCAGCAGAACCAGCCCUGUCCGACGCGUCAGCCGCCGACCCGGAUUCGAGUGGAUGGCGGCAGAAAACCGACGGGGAGAUGCUGAUGGCGGUGAUGGCGGAGGUGCGCAGGCUGAACCGGCAGUUUGAUGGCUUGCAGGCGGUGCAGGAGAGGAGCCUUGCGGCGGCGAGCAGAGUGCCGUCAGACACCAAGUCAGCUCCCAAGAAGAAGGCGGCGCGGCACGCCGAGGAGCUGCUGGCGGAGGUCGAGGCGGAGAAGCGCGGCAAGGGCAAGAAGGGCAAGAAGAAGAAGAAAGGCGGCGGGAGCGGCGGCGCUGGGCCGUCGCAGGAGUCCGAGGCGCCGUCAGAGGCAGACGCAGCCAAGCCCGCGCCGUUGGACAGGGAGGGAUUGAUCAGGCUUCUCGAGACGCUCCACGAGGAGCGGAUUCGGGCCAAGGCGGAUGCCGACUAG